CAAGGGUCUAACUUCAUUUUGUUUCAGGAUAAUCGAAUUGAUUCCCCUGUAGUUAUGCAUUCUCCUUUGUUCUUUUCAAUGCUUAUCGUUUUGACUAGUGCUUGUUUUAUUACAAAUUGUCCGCCUGGAGGAAAAAGGAGUUUACAUACAAUAAACUGUCCUUCUUGCGAAUUCGAUGAAAAAAGUAAGUGUUCUAUUCGAGGUUUAUGCUGUGGCUCUACAGUUGGUUGCAUAAUUAAUGAAGAAGGAAUACCAAUUUGUCAACAAUCUUUUGAUUAUCAUCACUGCAGAAAAAAUGGUCGAAUUUGUAGAUUACAUGGCAUUUGUACCACUAAUGGUAUAUGCUGUGUUAAAGAUCUAUGUUUUGAAGACAGUCUUUGCACGGAGAGAACAGAAGAUAUUUUCAUAAAGAAUAAAAAUAUUUGGAAAAAACUUUUUCCGAAACUGAAAAAUUAAUCAAUUAAUUAAUACAAUUUUAAAUUUAUGUAAACAUUAAA